CGGAAGGGCUUUCCGGUUCCGGUUGAGGAGCUGGGGAAGAAAGACGGGGGGGAGGGGGAGAGUGCGGCGGGGUCUCCCCCUCUCUUCGGCGAGGCUCUGAGGCUGCGGCCAUGGAGUUCCCUGGAGGAAAUGAGAAUUACCUGGCUAUCACCGGGACAGCGCACCCCUUUUUGUCAGGGGCCGAGACCUUCCACACGCCAAGCCUGGGAGAUGAAGAAUUUGAGAUCCCGCCCAUCACGCUGGACGCUGACCCCUCCCUGGCCGUUUCUGAUGUGGUUGGCCACUUUGAGGACCUGGGCGACCCCGUGACUGCCCCAGACACCACUUUUUCUGCCCAGUAUGGGGUGCAGGCGCUUGACAUACCUGUGGGCAUCAGCCCUGGUCUCAUGGAGCAAGGUGGGGGACUGCUGAGCGGGGGGCUGGCCAUGGAUUUGGACCACCCCAUGGGGACGCAAUACAGCGCCAACCCGCCCGUCACCAUCGAUGUGCCCAUGGCGGACAUCAGCUCCGGUUUGAUGGGGCACGGCCAGCUGACCACCAUCGACCAGUCGGAGCUCAGUUCGCAGCUGGGCCUCAGCCUGGGGGGCAGCGCCAUCCUGCCCCCCGCAGCCCAGUCGCCUGAGGAGCGGCUCUCACCCACCCCCUCGCCAACCAGUUCCAUGCAUGAGGAAGAGACGGAAGAGAUCCGGCGGCAAGUUUCCGUCGCCAAGCCGACGGUGAUGGCCCUGGCGGCCCCUGCGCCGGUGGCGGCGCCCGUGGUGGCGGUGGACGCGGGGAAGAAGCAGAAGCCGGCCAAGAAGCAGAAGAAGAAAAAGGACCCCAAUGAGCCCCAGAAGCCUGUUUCGGCCUAUGCUCUCUUCUUCCGCGACACGCAGGCGGCCAUCAAGGGGCAGAACCCCAAAGCCACCUUCGGCGAGGUCUCCAAGAUCGUCGCCUCGAUGUGGGACAGCUUGGGGGAGGAGCAGAAGCAAGUGUACAAGCGGAAAACGGAGGCAGCAAAGAAGGAGUACCUGAAAGCGCUGGCGGCCUACCGUGACAACCAGGAGUGCCAGACGGUUGUAGAAACGGUGGAACUGGACCCCAUCUCCUCGCCUUCCGAGCAGCCAGCCCCCACUGUGGAGUCCGCCUCCCCCCCGGCCCCGAUGCCGCCCACCCCGCCGGCCCUGGAGAGCCCCCCUCCUGCCCCGACCGUCGUCUCGACGCAGCCCACCGUGGUGGUGACCUCGGGGGGCGGGCCCCAGGCGGGGGGCCAGACCAGCAUCACCAAGAUCAUCAUCCCCAAGCAGAUGCUGCCGUCCUCCCUGGCCGUCACCUCGCAGGGCGGCGUGGUGACGGUCAUCCCCGCCACCAUGGUCACGUCGCGCGGCAUCCAGCUGGGGCAGCUGCAGGCCGGCACGGGCACUACCCAGAUCGUCACCCGCUCGGUGCUGGCGGCAGCAGCGGCGGCCACUUCCAUGCACUUGCCGCGGCUCCAGCCCCCACCUCUGCAGCAGAUGCCCCAGCAGCCGCCGGCCCAGCCGGUUGCCAUCCUGCAGCAGCCGCCCCCCCUGCAGGCCAUGCAGCAGCCGCCCCUGCAGCAGAAGGUGCGCCUCAACCUGCAGCAGCCGCCGCCGCCCUUGCAGAUCAAGAUCCUGCCCCCACCCGCCCUGCAGAUCCAGCCCAUCGCCCUGCGGACGGAAGGCGGCAGCCCCGAGAGGCCCAGCGCCGAACUCCAAGCUUCCCCAGAGCCCGUAGACGUGGUGCCGGAGGUGGAGUCUCCGACACCGAUGCACGUGGAGCUAGUGUCUGAAUCGCCUGUGGCCUUGUCCCCGCACCCUCGCUGCGUCCGCGCAGGCUGCGAUAACCCUCCGGUGGCCAACAGCGAAUGGGACAACGAGUAUUGCAGCAACGAGUGUGUGGUUAAACAUUGCAGGGAUGUGUUUCUAGCUUGGCUGGCCUCCCGCAAUUCCAACAACAACGUUGUCUUUGUGAAAUAACCCCCGGCCCUUUUGCGGCGGAAGCAGCAGGGGCGGGGUUGGGGAAACGACAGUUUCGCGUUCCUACGUACACUUUUUUUCCAAGGACGAUCAAAAACAUAAAAAACACAAAUCGCCAUGCUACUGUGGGAUGGGGCUGGGCGGGCAGGAUUCGCGCCAUCGGCCGAAGACCAUCGACAAGCGAAGACGCCAUCCCGGUUGGGUGCUGCGGACUCCCCUUCCUCCCUUUAUUAUUAUUUUUUUCUAUACACUAUCCCUUGGUAUGUUUCUGUUGAUGGAGCCAAUUAAAGCUGGAAGAGGGAUAUUG